GAGAAAAGUUCAGGAGCACCUGAAGCAGGAAUGAGCAGCAUCGCACCUCAGCGGCGUUUUCAUCUUGCACGAUAGAAACAGUUUUUCUAGAGAACAAAGACACUGAGAAAUUAACCAAAUUAUGAAAUGACAUAAACCUUCUGGUUUGUUAUUUUUUGCCACUAUGGGACAACAUUAUUUACUUCAGGCCAGUGUCUUCCGUGCGACUGUAUUGUUUGCUGUGCUCGUCUCGAUCCCUCGUGGGCACUCUGACUGUGCAGUGUGCCAAUACAAGAUAAACCCCACAACGUCAGACAUCACUAUGUUUGUAGGAGACAGCUCCUACUGCAUUGUCCAGAACACUAGCAUUACAAGCGCUCAGAAUAGCAUCACAGUGACUGGACUGCAGCCUGGAAACACAUAUUUCUUCAAGAUCAACUGCUCAGAUGUGUGCUGCGGAAACUUCUCCACCAAUUCUUCCAGCAAUCUGACUAUCACGCAGCUCAAAUCCUCAGUGUAUCUAAACUGGACAGGCCAGUUAUCACUGACCAAUCAGUCUUUUACGCUCCGCCCUGAGCCUGUUAGUAACCUGUCUGUGCACUCCAUCACUGUGAGCUCAGUGAACCUGAGCUGGAUACUUCCAAAUGGCAUCAGCCCCUAUUAUAGAGUAGCUUGGGGAGUAAACCUGCUUCUCACUACUAACCAAACCUCCAUGCAAAUCUCACAACUUGCACCCGGCGUUAAAUACUCCUUCAGCGUCACCUCAGUGGCCUCUGAUAACCGCACUGAGGGGCAUGCUGCUGAAAUAUCCCAAAACACAAGUCCAGCACAAGUAGAGAAUACCACUGUGCUGAAUUCCAGUAACAGUAGUUUGACCCUGGGCUGGGCAGUCCCUCUUGGUCACGUGGACUCAUAUAUGGUGAACGUAUCUGGUGCCGAGCUGAACACAUCCCUCUUCCAGACCACCCCCACCAACUCUUUAGUCAUCAGUAACCUCAUGGCAGGACGUGUUUACAACCUCACUGUGACCACCAUCAGUGGAGUCCUGAAGAACAGCUCUAACAUUGUGCUGGUUGCCACUAAGCCUAACCCGCCUGAAGCUGUCCAAGUGAGUGGUCAGACAAAUGUAUCUAUUACUUUGCUGUGGUUGAAACCCUUAUCAAUGGAUGGAGUCACUGUGUCCUAUGAAGUGUCAUAUAGAUCUAACCAGUCAGGGGUCAACCAACUUUUGAAUCAUACCAACUCUUUAAACACGACGCUCACAAAUUUAUUACCCAGCAGUCAGUACGACAUCACUGUGGUCACCAUAGGCGUAAAAGAUCUCAGGAGCUCAUAUGUAAACCUCACUGCAUAUGCAGCUCCUAAUGCAGUGCAAAAUCUGGCUGUUUCUGCUGUCAGCACCAAUUCAGUCAAUCUGACCUGGCUACCCCCUAAUGGGACCCUCAGCCUGUUCUCCUACAGUGUCAACAUCACUUCACCUGAUCAGACUCUCAGUACCACAUCCAACAAUUAUCAGAUUACUCAGUUGCAGCCUGGGACUCAGUAUAAUUGCAGCGUCAGAGCACUCAUAAUAGCUGCCAACAUAUUUGGACCCUCACAGAUCAUACAGUGUAAUACCAAACCACUGCCAGUGACUAAUUUAACAGCCUCUCCUGUUGGCACCACUGAGAUGCGCCUUUCAUGGUCUCGUCAGAGUGACUACAAAUCUUCAUAUCAGUAUAAUGUGAGUGUAAAUGGUGAACAAUGGAUACAGAGUAUCAAUGAGACCAUAAAUGUCGUUAAUCUGACCCCUGGGAACAACUACACCUUUACUGUGCGAACUGUAGAAAAUGGCAUGAGCUCUGAAUCUGUAGCCAUCUCUGCAUUUACAGGGCUUGGUAAAGCAUCGAAUAUUUCUGCGGUUGGCACUACUCAGAGUAUGAGAGUGGAGUGGAGACCGCCUGAUGGCAUUGUGAGUCUCUACAACGUCAAAAUCUUGUUGAACGGAACCGUUUUAAAGAUGGAAAACCGAACGAAUGAGACAACCGUGGUGUUCUCAGACCUGCUACCUGGAACUCAGUACAAUGUCAUUGUGACAAGUAUCAGUGGACCCAUAAAGCAGGACAGCAAUAGUGUAUCCAAUGCCACCUUGCCUACUCCUCCUGGCGAGUUUGUGACAGUGCAAAGCACAAACUCACUGAAUAUCAGCUGGGCUCGACCACUUAACAUGAGCUCCGUAUCACACUAUUUCCAGUUGUCAUACAGCAACAGCAUGCUGAACUGCACUCAAAACUACAGCUCUCUGACGGGCCUCAAUGCAGGUGUCCAGUACAACAUCACUGUGAGAACUGUAGGUGCAAUGGGAUAUUUCAGCUCUCCUCAGUAUCUCACUGCAUAUACAAAUCCUAAUGCCGUAACUGAUGUGAGAUUGAAUGGAUACACUGAGACCAGUAUAACUCUGAGCUGGCUGCAGCAUGAUGUUCAGCAAUCCGGUUACUCCUACCUGCUCAUCUUCACACACCCUAAUGGCACAGUUGACCAGAAGACUGUAAAUAACGCCAGAGCACAGCUACUGUCACUGCAGUCAGCUAGUCAAUACAAUAUCAGCAUUAUCACACAGACAGCUGGCGGCACCAAGUCUUAUCCCCAGUUUAUAACCGCCUGCAGUAAGCCGUUUCCAGUUUCCUCUGUAAAAUACGAUGUUCUGAAUGUUUCUUCUGUGAAGCUGAGCUGGUCCCGUCCUCAGGAGUACCACAAUGGCUUUUCCUACCAAGUAUUAGUGUCCAACUGCACAGAAAAUAGUAGGAACUUGUCGACUUUCUCUGAAAACAUCAUAGUGCCAGACUUGCAGCCUGGCACCCUGUGUCAGUUCAGUCUAUAUAGUUUGGCCUGCGGCAUUCUGGGAGAACCAGUGAACGUCUCUGUCUUCACAAAGCCCUCUACAGUGAUUCCACAACUAGAUAAUCAAGGCUGUAACCACUCACUUUUGGUGACGUGGGAUCAUCCUGUUGGUGGGCUAGACAUGUACAUUCUGAACAUCAGCAGUGAAGGAUGGAGCAGCUCUAAAGUUCUCAAUAGCACUGAACACAAUCACACCUUCAGUCAACUAAAAGCAGCAACUGUCUUCACAGUCACACUCACGACUGUCAAAGCAGCCUUCCGGGAAACAUCUCAUUCAGUAAACAUGGCAACUUAUCCAAACAGACCGGGAGAGAUUAAGAUUUUGUUGAAGAGCAAUCAUUCAGUGUGGUUUCAGUGGGAUGAAGCUGAGAACAUGUCAGCUGGCAGCUUCAACUAUAGCCUGACCUGUUGGUUGAGCUAUAACACCAGUCAAUAUCUCACUCCUAACAACACUUUCCUUUUGGACGGCUUGCGAUCUGGAACAUCCUAUAAUGUUUCUGUGGCUACUGUAGGCCCGAUGGGUUUCCAGAGUGAAUCUAUCAGAGUUCAUGUAACCACCAAGCCUGAUCCUGUCCAAAACCUACAACUUGGUUCCAUAACAACAAAUAACAUCUCUGUAAUUUGGGCAAAAGUGGAAGGGGUCCCGAAAUAUGUAAUAAGAGUGUACAGUGAGAAGGUAGAGAACAAAUUGACCAGUACAAAUAACAGCAUGACCAUAUACAAUCUGAUGCCUUCAACACUCUAUAACAUCAGUGUGCAGAGCAGCACUUCUGACAACACAGAAGGAGAAGCUGUGUGCCUGCAAGCAUGCACAGAUGCAGCUCCAGUGGAGAGUGUGACCUGUACGGGUCCUGAUUUAACCUUUCCAAUGCUAACCCUCUCAUGGAGCCCUCCUCCUGGAAAUAACCAGGGCUUUGAAGUUAAGCUGAACUCCUCCAACUCAGAAAAGACCUUCAGUCUAAACCACACCUUCACUGGACUCAGGUUUAACACUCUGUACAAAGUCAUGCUCUGGACAAUUGGUUGUGGGAAGAAAAGCACUGUGGAAUCAAUCACCUGUAUGACUGGAAUCACAAAACCUGUUGUACCUAAAAUAACAGCAGUGAGUGUAUCUGAGCUACAAUACAACAAGUUUACUUUGAAUCUUCAGUCGGACAUCUUUAAUGACUCGAACGGUCCAGUGCUGUAUUAUGGUGUGCUUGUCUACUCCGGCACUAUUGUUCUGAAGCAAAGAAAAGAUGAUUCUACUAGUGUUCCUAUCCACUCUAUAAGAAACAAAGUGAGUGAUCCAAUAAAGGUGGAGGAUUAUGAGGCUUACUAUAGGAGGCAAAGAGCUGAUUCCUUUUGUGGAUUUGCUGAAGAAUUUGAGGAUCUAAGGCCAGUUGGGAUAAAUCAGCUGAAGACUGUUGCUCAGGCCCCUGAAAACAAAGCCAAGAAUCGUUAUAACAAUGUGCUGCCAUAUGAUUCAUCUCGUGUCAAGCUCUCUGUGCUCAGCAGCCCAUUUGAUGACUACAUCAAUGCCAGCUACAUGCCUGGUUACACUUCAAAGAAGGAGUUUAUCGCAGCCCAAGGGCCACUGCCCUGCACUGUCGAUGACUUCUGGAGACUGAUCUGGGAGAAAAACGUCCACACUAUUGUCAUGCUCACCAAAUGCAAUGAGCAAGGACGGGUAAAAUGUGAGGAAUACUGGCCAGCAGAAACAAAACAUUUUCACAAUCUGACAGUGACGAAUACUUCCGAGAUCACAUUGGAAGAUUGGACUUUACGUGACUUUGAAGUGAAAAAUGUGAAAACAGCAGAGUCUCGAUCAGUUCGUCACUUCCAUUUCACUGCGUGGCCAGACCAUGGAGUUCCUGAGACCACUGAGCUUCUCAUCAACUUCAGACACCUGGUCCGAGAACACAUGGACCAGUACUCAAGACAUUCACCCACACUUGUGCACUGCAGUGCUGGUGUGGGCCGGACGGGAACCUUCAUCGCCAUUGAUCGUUUAAUCUUUCAGAUUGAGCGGGAUGGUGUAGUAGAUGUAUAUGGGAUCAUCCACGAUUUACGCAUGCACAGACCACUCAUGGUUCAAACAGAGGAUCAAUAUGUGUUUCUUAACCAGUGCUCCAUGGACAUCAUCAAGUCUCGGACUGGCAACAAUGUAGAUUUGAUUUACCAGAACACAGCUGCACUCACUAUUUAUGAGAACUUUGAACCCUUAAAAAAAGCCAAAAAUGGCUACCAUAAGGCCUGACCGUCUACCUUGAAUAAUUCGCUGCACUGCUGUAAAAGAAACUUUUUUUUCUUUUAUCUUUUUAAAUGGAGUUUUAUUUAAAGAGGAAAAACAAAAAUAUAUUUAUUAAGUUUGUUUAUAGAGGUAUAAAAGUAUGCAGAAAUAUUUGUACAUUUUGUUAAUCAAGUUUUUCAGUUUUAGAAAUGUAGCUGCAGGGAUGUUUUGUGAGUUUUCAUAGAAUAAAGCUGAUAAUGUUUCAAUAAUGUAAUAUGACUUCAUAAAAAUGGCAUUUCCUCAGACAUACUGUAGGCUACAGGUGAAAUGAAGACAAGCGUGAACAGAAAUAUAGAAAUGUGAACAUGUCACAUGGGACUUCACCAUUAGACAAUAGUGCGUUGCUACAUCACUACAGCAGUAGUGAAGACAAAAUGGGUUUUCAAAACACCUCUUCUGUGAUUUAACAUAGCAACUAACCUUGGUAUGAGCCAGUAGGCUGGUAAAUUGUUGACAAUGUGCAGUGACAUUAUCCAUUGAGGGAUAUGCUGUAGGUUGCGUCUGAGCUGUUGUGCCAGGUUGCUGUUCUCAGGUCUGUGUACUGUUUUUAAUAUAUCUAUUAUUUCCGGAUGUCACAAGCCAAAGGUCGACCUUAAAUGGACCGUAAGGACAAUACGUUAGCAUUGAACAGUUCCAAUCUCUUUGGUAUUCUCUUCAAUUGUUUAUUUUCAGUAAAGAGACAUGCUGUCCUGUCUCUUCCUGGUUUGUAAAUGUUUUUGUUUUCCUUUUAGAAUGAGGUCAGUGAAUGUUUAGUAUAUGCCUACUGAUGUAAUUUAUUACAAAAAGAUUUUAACAGAGUGUGACUCUGUACCGUGUGUGCACUUAAACUGUUAUAUUUGUACAUAAUAUAUUUUGUUCAGACUGAACUUCCAACUAUUUUUUUUUCACAGUGUUGUUCCAGGGACUUUUUGCUUGUGUGGUUUUAACAUUCUGCAAUUUUCUGCACAGAUUUUUUUAAUGGUUUAUUGAUACUCUGCUGGUCAUGAUAAAGAACCAUACAGAUGAACAUUGAACUCUGUAAUAUAUUAAGAUUAAAAAAGCUGC